AUGCCACGCGCAACCAGGAGCAGCACACGAGGCAAAGCGGCACCUGCAACAUCGAUAUCGCCGAAGACGCGCACGCGGGAGGCACGUACUCUUCGACAGCCUACGGAGGCCCCUGCAGAUAUAUCGUCCGACUCAGAGCCCUCGCGCAUGAGGACACGGCAGAAGGCAAAUCCAGCACGCAAGCGCGCACUGCAGCGCCUGAUGCAAGCAAUUCGGGACGGCGGUGGGUCGGACUCGGAGCCGGUGCGUCGAGCCCUGACGCGCACGCGGCGCAGCUCUCGUCGCACGAGGCAGGAGGCAGAGGAUGAAGAGGUGCAUUCCAGCGACAGCGACUAUGUGAUGGCGGGGGAUGUAGAGGAUGCUGAGGAGGACCGGCUACUGGAGGAGCAGGCGGCGGGCGACGAGUUUGAUCUGACGACAGAUGUGGGGCGGCAGGCAGCGGCUGCAGCCGCAGCUGCGGCAGCCGAACAGAAGCACGAGAGGAGACGGACAGAGAAGAAGCUGAUUCUUAAAAUUAAAAAGACCAGUUUGCUGGGCGGAAAAGAAGAGCGCCGAGGAGCGCGCAAAGGAGGCCGGCGCGAGGCACUGAGGAAGCGCAAGAUGGGAGAAGCUGUGGCGGGCAAUGCGGACGGCGAGAUCACAACAGCAAAGCUAAAGAAGUCCAGCUUGGCACCUGCGCCGCUGCAGUUGGAAAGGGUUAAGCAUGCUGCUGUGGAGAAGUCCAGCGAGAGCAUACCUGAAGAGACAGUGACUGAAGAGGUUAUUGCAGAGGACAUCGUCGCUGAAAAGGCUGUGUCCGAGAAACCAGCCGCUGAUGCCCCUGCUGAAGAGGCUAUUCCUAAGGAGGAGCUUUCUACGAGUGCAGCCAACGAGGCGCCUGUCGAGGAAGAGGUCCUUAUCGCAGUGGCUGCAGAGGCACCUGCUGAAAAGCUGCCAGCUGCUGAGACCUCUUCCUCGGAGGACGAGGAAAUGGUCGAUGUCUCAGCUGAGCCGGUGAUCGGCGACGCAAUGGAGAUUGACAACGACGCCGACAGCCACCACGAAGUGCCUCAGACGCCGGGCGCUUCGCUGCAGCUGCCACCGCGCGCUGUAGCCAUGAAUCCAAACGGCCGAGCCAGCGGAUACGAGCUGCAGCAUGAGGACAAGCUGCUGAAGGACCUGUAUGCGGAAGUGGCCGACCAGCUGCGGAAACUGCAGACCGAGGAAAGACUGCUACGCAUGAUUGUCAAGAAGGACUUUGAGCUGCCGGAAGAGGCAGUGGCAGACGAUGCAGCGAUGUUUUCGAUGGAUCCGGCGUAUUCGUCGUUUUUGGAUACCGAGCACCAUGCGCCCACGGGCGGUGAGCUGGAGAUGCACGACGGUGAGGAGAGUAGCGACGGUGAGGGAAGCAGCAGCGAGUCGGAUGGGAUCGAUCAGCGGCAUGACUCCAGCGACGAGGAGGUGCAGGACGAAGACAUUGCGCGUGCGUCACUUGGCCGCAUUCUGACAGACUACGUGCCCACCAACGGCUGGCCAUCAACAGCCUAGUGUGUACUGAAGUAAUAAAUGAUUCGCAUG